UCACGAGAGUCGAGGGAGAGAGAAUGGCGGGUGCUGUCGGAGACGCAGCUUCUCACGAUGUUCAGUCCCUCUUGUCUUCACCGAAUAGGGACUUCCUCAUCCGGAACAACGGCGAUCAGAUUCCGGUAGCGGACUUGGUAGGGAAGACUGUCCUCCUUUACUUCUCAGCACACUGGUGCCCUCCUUGCCGAGCAUUCCUGCCAGUGCUUACGGAGGCAUACGAAAAGAUCAAGGCCACAGACAAUGCCUUUGAAUUGAUCUUCAUCUCCAGUGACAAGGACCAAUCAGCCUUCAACGAUUAUUUUGCUCAGAUGCCGUGGCUGGCACUCCCCUUUGGUGACGAGAGGAAGAAAUCCCUGAGUCUCAAAUUCGAGGUCCGGGGGAUCCCCACACUCAUAGCCAUUGGCCCAACGGGCCAGACAGUGACUAAACAAGCAAGGGAUCUUAUAUCGGAGCACGGGGCUGAUGCUUAUCCUUUUACUGCGGAACAUCUCAAGAAGUUGGAGGAGAAGUUGACUAGGAACGAGCCAGAUGAAGGAGGAGAUGAAGAAAGACGGUAAAGCAGCUGAGGAGGAGGCAAAGGAAGGAGGAGAAGCCGGAGAAGUCUGCGAUGGUGAAGUCUGUUAUAAAGCCUAAAAGUUACUUCUUAGUUGUUCCGUUUUCUAUGACUCGUUUGAAGCAGUUUUCGCCUUUUUCUAUGUUCUGGGUGGAUGUUUCUGAGCUCGAUCUGCGAAGGGCUUGUGUGUGUGAAAAAUAUGGUUUGAAUUAUGACUUCGACAAUUUGCUGUCUUAAUAAACGUUUAUAGUCGACCA